UGGCAACACGGGGAAGCCGCCAGCCUCGCCCCGCCCCGCCCCGCGUCCCAGGGGUCCGCGCAGCCCGGCCCCCGCGCAGCGCAGCGCAGCGCACCGCCCCGGCCGCGCAGCGCAGCCUGUACAGGGCUGGGAGAGGCGAGUGCGGCUCCAUCCCUCUGCCCUGACUGCAGUGCUCAGACCCGGGCUGGUCCAGCCCCAGCCGCCGGGCUGCGGUACCAGGAGCUCCGGCUACAAUCCGACCUGAAAUCCACAGCCCGGGUCCAGGCCUGGAGCCUGCGGCUUUGUAUCGCCACCGCCGAGCGCACCGCUGCGAGCAGGGCAGCUGCCGCCCGGCUGUGGGAUCCAGCAAACCAGCCGAGCCGCGGACGGCGCUGGCCAGGCCCCUGGGCCCAGAGGGGCGGAAGGGCUCGCCCCAGCUUUGGCAGCGGUAGCCGCUUGCAGGCCCCGGUGGAUGCGGAAAGCCCGUCUCCGAUGGAGCGAGGGGACAAGCUGCGUGUGGGCGAGCGCAGGGAGAGGAGAGAGAGGGGAAUGCCGGACGCCUGCGGCACAGGUUCUGCUGAUGUCAGACCCCAGGUGUUUAUUAAAACGGAGCAGGAAGAGGAGCCAUGCACGGGGGCGCCCCCAGAGCAGAGAGAGGGGGGAAUUCUCCGUGCCCCCAGCACAGGUAUCAAAGCGGAGAUCGUGGUCAAAACGGAGCCCGAGGAUGACUCCUACGGUGAUGCAAACCCGGAGAUUAUCGUGAAAGUGGAGCCGGACGAUGAGUCGGCCAUUGGUUAUUCCCAGGGCCUGAGCGAAGGCGGAAUUCCCGGCUACCCCAGCCCAGAUCAUAACAAGAAACAUUUGAAUGCGGUAGCAACACAAGAAGAUUUAGCCAAGGCUUCAACCAGAAAAUCAAAUCUGCCCCCCAUGAUUGACAGCCGAUUUACGGAAAAGGAUCUCAAUGAAGUCUUUACUUUUGAAUUUGAAAAGCCCAAAUUUGGGCUUUUGGGAAAAGCAAAGAAGAAAUCGGCAACGUGCAAGGUGGAAAAGGAAGUGAAUGGCGAGCUCAAAACAUGUAGCUUCAAGACAAGUGAAGCAAGUGCCGUGAAAAGUUUCAACCUUUGGCGGCAUGUAAAACGUAACCAUCCUGAAAACUAUGCGGCUCUGGUUACAAAAAAGGACCAGGAAGAUGAGGCAAAACAGAAAGCCGAUGCGGCUAAACGACGUUCAUCUGGCUCUUUGAAAACUCCCGGAGAAAAGAUUUUUUGCGGAGCUUCAUCUGAAAAGAAACCCAAAAUUGAGCAAACAAAACUUGACUCAUAUUUGAAGUCCUCAAAGGUUACAGUCACCAUGGAUGCCAAUACUUUCCGUGAAGGGCUGAUGGAAAUGGUUUGCUUGAGUUCAACACCGCUCACCACCUUCGGGCCAAAGAACAAAGGAUUCCAAAAAAUUGCAGGUGAAAUGGGUCGGCAGCUUGGCGUUUCGAUGGGGUACGAUGCAGUUCGUCAUUUAGUUGUCAGCACAGCUGAGUCUGGUCGCAAAGAGCUCAAGAAAGCUUUGGAGCAAAAAUUGUGCUACCUGAAAAUGGAUGUGGCAACCCGUGGAAACAGAAAUUUCCUUGCAAUCAAUGCUCAGUACUACGAAGAAGGAAAAGAUAAAGCUGUGGUAAAAACCUUGGAUAUAAUUGACACUGAAGGGCGUCACAAUUCUUUGUACGUGAAAAAUCAAGUGAAAGCUAUUUUAGAAAAAUUUGGGAUCAGUGAAAUGCAAGUGCUAAGCAUCUGCGUUGACAACGCAGCAAACAUGACGUGUGCCAUCAAAAAUUUCAGCGAGGACAAUGAAACCAUUUCCACCUCUGAGAACAGGGAUGUGGACAGAACUGAAGCUAUGUUGCCUGAGGAAGGAACUAAAGGAAUGAAUGAAAUCAAACUCAACAUGGAUGCUGCUGCGCAGUGGGUUAAUGACCCUAGCCUCAUACUUCCAACAUGGCUUCAUGAGGACGACUCAAAAGUCCAGCUGAUGAGGUGUGGUAUUCACACUCUUCAGUUGGCAAUCUGGGAUGGACUGAACGAAGAACACGCGAAGAAAUUUCUGGCAAAAAUUCGACAAGUGGUUGUCAAACUACGAACCCCAAGUAUUCGAAGUGUUCUGUUUGAUCUACAUGGGGUAACUCAGUCAUUGGAUACUGUGACUCGCUGGGGUUCCACAUUUGCGAUGGUUGAUCGGCUUCUCGUUUUUCAGUCUUACUGUGAACAAGUGGCGGCUGCUGGAACAAGAGAACUCAAGUUAACAAAAGCUGAAUGGGACGAAGUGAAGAACCUGCGAGACCUCUUGGCAAAGCCAAACCAAACAACCGUGAAUCUUCAAGCUGACAAUGUAACCCCGGGAGUUUUAAUGAAGGAAUGGCGAAAACUGUCAAAAUUCUUGCAAGAAAAUGGUGGACAAAUUGCAGAAGGAAUUCUGUCCUCCAUGCAGAAACAUGAAGAGAAGCUUUUUGACAAUAUUCAUUUCCUUGCUGGAGUUUAUGUUGACCCACGGUAUCGGAUUCUUCUUACCUCAAGGGAAAUACCAAAGGCAAAGGAAGGGCUCCUUGAUAUUGCUCGACGACUCGAAAAACAAAAUCUAUUGCUACAUUUGAACUCGGCGAAAGAGGUUGAAGAAAACGAAACACAACAAAAGGAGUCAUCAACAAUCGAAUUUGCGGUUUCGGAAAGUUCACAUCCUUCAGAAAUAGCAGGCUGUUCUCAAACUUCUGUCUCCACUCUGAACUUGUUUGAGCGUCCAUCCCUGAGACGUCUUCAACCAUCACGGGGAAAUGGAGAUAAUUCAAGCAUCAAUUCUUCAGAAGAUGACGACUUUGAAAAGGAAUUGGAUAAACAAGAAAGACGCCGGCGCGUUUCUGCGAUUCAUAAUUGUAAUGAAGCAUUAUUCGAGAGAAACUUUCGGGAAGAUUGUGAGGCGAUGGAGUCUAUUGGGAGGCUAAAAGUUAAGUGUGUUUUUGAGGCCAUUCACAGCUACCCACGCCGCAUUCAGGCUGCCUGUAGAAUUGCUUCGAGCAUGACAACAACGCAAGCUAGUGUAGAGCGACUGGUUUCGGCUUUAAAAUUCAUUUUAAAUGAUUUGCGGCAGGCUAUGAAAGACGACUUGAUUGCUGCAAUCAUUUUUUACAGAAUGAAUUAUGAAUGAUUCUAGUUUGUAUCAUUGUUGAUGACAUUUAAAUUGUUUUAAAAGUCUGAAUAAAAAUAAUGUUUUUUUCAAAAUUACAGAAUGCACUUUUUUAUUUAGUUAAAAAUUCAUUUGAGUCAGAGCGUGGAGCGGAGCUGGAGCAGAGAAAUUCAAACAUUUGAUUGAUUCAAAUCAGGGAUUUGGAGCAAGGAGAGCUUGACACAAAUCAAAAAUAAAUUAAUCUAGUAAAUUAGAAAUGUUGUACACCUCUACCCUGAUAUCAUGCGACCCGAAUUCGGAUAUAACGCGGUAAAGCAGUGCUCCGGGGGGGGAGGGGGAGCUGUGCACUCCGGCGGAUCAAAGCAAGUUCAACACGGUUUCACCUAUAACGCGGUAAGGCUUGGUUGGCUCCCGAGGACAGCGUUAUAUCGAGGUAGCGGUGUAUUCACCAGUUUCUAAUAAAAAUGUUAAAUGGAGAAUCUGAAUAAACGUAAAUCAAGCGUUAUAAUAACUGCUUCAGUAAAUGUGUGCAGACGUAGUGUAUCCCAGGGGGUAGUAAAAAGCAGCACAAAUUUAGGGUCAAGGCCACAUUUAGUUGGAAAUCAGCACGUUCCCAACCAGUGAGACUCAACCUUUCUUUAAGGAAAGGACUAAAAAGGACAAUGCAAGAGGACUAAAUUGAUGGUUUAAGCUGAGGGUUGAAAUCAAGGUUUACUACCUGCUGAUUUCAAUCUUGAUUAAAACUGAUGAUUUAAAUUGCUCUGAUUUAAAUCAAUUCACCCUGACAGCAACAUCUGCCCCUCCCCCCGGCCGGUCAUCUCCAUUUUGACAGGAGUGGAGGCAGAUAAGUCCGUUUCCCCCUCACGCUGCCCUUCCUACUCUGGGUUCGCUGUGCAGGGCACAGAAGAGCAAGGGCCUCACACCUCGUUCAAAAUUCCUUCAAACCUAAGGGAAGGUGCAGUGGGCUGGGAACCUGGAGACUGAAUUCAAAGCUCCUCUCCCAUUGGCUGGCGUUAAUAAUUCUGUGCCAUUCACAACCAAUCAGUGACCAGAUCUUCAUCCCCCUGCCUUAGGAAGGCAGCAACCAUCAUUCCCCCGGCGA